AUGGGAUUCUACGACGUCGCUCCUAAGCCAAAGAGUGUUCUUGGCUAUCACCGUGUCCUUGCCCCCUCAGCUGGGGUCAAAGUCUCCCCCCUAUGUCUAGGGACGAUGAACUUUGGAACCAAAUGGGAGAGCUUCAUGGGCGAAUGUAAAAAGGAAGAUGCCUUUGCCAUUAUGGAUGCAUUUUACGACCAUGGAGGCAAUUUCAUUGACACCGCCAACUGUUAUCAAGAUGAGCAAUCGGAGGAAUGGAUUGGUGAAUGGAUGAAGAGUCACGGAAAUCGUGAUCAGAUGGUGAUUGCAACCAAAUAUGCUAUCGGCUAUCGACCCACGCAUUUUGAUAAAGAGCCCAUCCAAUCCAACUUUGUUGGUAACUCGAUGAAGUCGAUGCAUCUCUCAGUCAACGCAAGCUUGAAGAAGCUACAGACUGACUACAUCGAUGUUCUAUACCUACAUUGGUGGGACUUAACCACUGGCAUCGAGGAAGUGAUGCAUGGCCUUAAUGUCUUGAUCAAUGCCAGAAAGGUGUUGUAUCUCGGCAUCUCUGACACUCCCGCCUGGGUUGUUGUCAAGGCCAACGACUAUGCGCGGACAAAUGGCCUCCGUCCUUUCUCCGUCUACCAAGGUAGCUGGAAUGCAUCAUUGAGAGAUAUGGAGAGAGACAUUAUUCCUAUGUGUCGGGAUCAAGGCAUGGCGAUUGCUCCUUGGGCAUCUCUCGGCCAGGGCAAAUUCAAGUCUGCCGAAGCUCGUAAGGCUGCUCAUACAGGAUCUGGAAGAGCAGCGGAACCGUCGGAGCGUGAGAUCAAGGUGUCUGAGGUUUUGGAGGCUAUCGGUGACCGCAAGGAUACAACCCUACACGCAGUAGCUCUUGCGUAUAUCCUUCACAAGGCACCGUAUGUCUACCCCAUCGUCGGGCAACGGAAGGUGGAGCACCUCAUGGCAAACAUUCAAGCCCUUAGCAUUGCUUUGUCGAAGGAGGAGAUGGAUGAAAUUGAUACUGCUGUGCCUUUCGAUGCAGGGUUCCCAAACAACUUCAUAUUCUCUGGCAAAUACGACCUGAAUAAGACUGCCUCCGACGUCAUGCUGACAACUUUGUCUGCGCAUAUCGACUCACCGGCAAACCAGGAACCGAUCAAACCUCGUCAGGACAUAUAA